CCUGUCUGGAGGGAAACGAAGCGACGGCGUUCAUGAGCAGCGUGACCCGGACGUAAUAACGUCAUCAGCUUCCGCGUCAAAGGUUGUUCUUCCGGUUGGCGAAGCAGUAACAAACAAAGCGCGAGAGGAGAGAAAACCCGGGAAAGCAGCGCCGCGAGCCGCCUGUCAGCUGACUGUACAGACGGUGAGAAGAUGUUGCGGAGGAAGCCGACCCGUCUGGAGCUGAAGAUCGACGACACCGAGGAGUUUGAGAGCGUCAAGAAGGAACUCGAGGCCAGGAAGCGUCAGCGAGAGGAGGCGGAGUCUGGAGGCGUAGUGGGCGGGGCUUCUGUCGUCAGCGUUGACGUCAUCGGGGGCGGGGCCUCGUCUUCGUCCUCUACGCCAGCGGCGAGGGCGGAGCUUAUCAACGAGCGAAUCGGCUACAAGCCCCACCCCAAAUCGGUCACGCUGCCCACGCUGUUCGGGAGUCUCCAGUUUUAAACUUUAUUAAAUGAUGUUGAAACACGA